GUGCGCAUCGGAGAGGGCUUGGGGAAGGAGGAGUCGCAGAAAGGUGGGGGAGAGGGUAGAUAGAAAGAUAGAGAGAGCGUGUGUUUAUGUCUCAGUGUGUAACGAAUAAGAGGGGGGAACGGUGUCGCCUCGGCCCCGGCUGACAGAAGCAUAAAACGAGCGCAGAUAUCAGGAGAAACAGGGAUGACAACACACCAGCAGAGGAUCUACUUUCACUUCACUCUGUGGUUAGACUGAAAGUUUUGUCCGUCGCAGAGGAGAGGACAUUUGUUGUGAAGUUUCUCCCCCCCCUAACAAAGAAAACCAUGCAGCGACCGGGCGGUCAAGGGACGGCGUUUUCCAUCGACUCCUUGAUUGGAACCCCUCAACCCAGACCGGGACACCUUCUCUACACCGGCUACCCUAUGUUCAUGCCCUACAGACCUCUGGUUAUCCCGCAAGCUUUAUCCCACUCCCCUCUCUCUUCUGGCAUACCUCCUCUUGCGCCCUUGGCUUCCUUUGCGGGGCGACUCACCAACACUUUCUGCGCCAGCUUGGGACAGGGGGUUCCGUCAAUGGUUGCUCUCACCACGACCAUGCCGAGUUUCUCGGACCCUCCGGACAGCUUCUAUCCGCCGCAGGAGCUGCCCGGUGCUCGUUUGAGCGCAGCCGAUCCCGGAUCGAGGAGGCAGGAAAGUCCGCACUCUGACGAGCUGCACAGCCGGGACAAGGGUUCAGAGCUGCUGAACUUUUCUGAAACUUUUCAAACAAUAUCAGGUGAGACCAAACUGUACAGUUCAGACGAAGAGAAGCUGGACCUAAAAUCAGCGGACGCAGUUUGCAGCGACAGAGACGACAGCUCCGCGGACAGCGAGAACGAAAGUUUCUCGGACGGGAACAACUGCGGCGGCCUGUCCCAAAAGGGCAAGCUGAAAGGCGGCUCACAGGAGGCGUCCCUCCCGAGCGGCGGCUCGGCGGGGAAGAGCCGUAGGAGACGAACAGCUUUUACCAGCGAGCAGCUACUGGAACUGGAAAAGGAAUUUCACUGUAAAAAGUACCUGUCUCUGACCGAGCGCUCGCAGAUCGCACAUGCGCUCAAGCUAAGCGAGGUGCAGGUGAAGAUCUGGUUUCAGAACCGCAGGGCCAAGUGGAAACGGAUCAAGGCCGGCAACGUCAACAACCGCUCGGGAGAGCCGGUGAGGAACCCCAAAAUCGUCGUUCCAAUCCCGGUGCACGUCAACAGGUUCGCCGUGAGGAGUCAGCAUCAACAGAUAGAGCAGGGGACCAGACCGUGAACUUUCGCUGCCUCUCAGCAUUCACACUUGAUCAGAACAGACUCUUCGAGUGACUCUAUGUUUGAACGCAUGAAGAACAAAUAGGAGGAUUCAGUUAUUUUGUCUGAGAGGUGAGGCUGGGGAGGAUCUGCCCUGAAUCAGAUAAAUUAUACCUUUUUAUUUAUUGUCCUGUGAAUAUGUAAAUAUAAAGGGUACAAACUGGCACUAAGAGAUGCGACUGUAAAUAUUUUCUAAGUAUUUAUAUGUAGGGCCCGAAACGUUCUGUUGAUUAUGUGCAUGUCCUCAUUUGAUGGGGGAAAAAAAAGAAAGUCCCGAAUUUUUUUUGUUUUGUUUUGUGUUUAGUACAAUUUGUUGACCACAUUUGCAUGUUUAACUGGACACGUUUUACAUCUUUUUGGCAGGUGCAGGAAGCACCAUGGAGAUUUAUUUGUGGGGGCAAAAAGAAAAAAAAACACUGUAAGGAGGUGAUAUCGAGCGAAAAAGGGACGACUGUAAAAUAUAAUUGAUCUAAUAAAUUGCUUUAUACGAA